AUGUGGUACCCAACUGAACCUACAAAUGCUUGCCUCAGGGAAUCUCUUCGAGACCUCCCAUAUGAAGAAUUAAGCUGCGUAUACCCAACACUUGGGAAGACCUAUUUUGAUUGGGAGUAUCCAUCAAAAGGUGUUGACAACGCCCUGACAUUCAUGGAAAACAACAGCUGGCUCCCAAUUGUAACUACUGCUUUGUAUGGACUUGCCAUCUAUGCAGGGCAACGAUACAUGGCUGACCGCCCUGCCUGGGACUGGCGAUACAGACUGGCUGCUUGGAACCUUUUCUUGGCAGUCUUUUCUGCUGUUGGAUUCUUCCGAACAGCACCUCAGCUUCUUCACAAUCUCUGGUACUAUGAUUUCAAGACAAACAUGUGUACACAUGGAAUGACAGUGUUGGGAUUUGGUCCAUCAGCAUACUGGGUUUAUAUCUUUGGUUGGAGCAAGUUCUUUGAGCUUAUUGACACCUUCUUCAUUGUUGUCCGCAAAAAGAAUUUGAUGUUCCUUCACUGGUACCAUCAUGUCACUGUAUUGAUCUGCUCCUGGCAUACCAUUGUCACUCAAAAUCCAACUGGAAUCAUUUUUGCUGUUGUCAACUAUGGUGUGCACAUGCUGAUGUACUUUUACUACUUUCUCAUGGCCAUCAAGUGCAAGCCUAAUUGGUUCAAUCCUCUGAUCAUCACUGUUGGCCAAAUCCUUCAGAUGGUUGUGGGAGUCGGCGUUUGCAUUGGGGUUUACUCCUGGGCCAAAGAAGAUGGCUGCCAUGCUAGCCUAAACAAUAUCAAGGCUGCUCUGUUGAUGUAUGCAAGCUACUUGUAUCUCUUCUGUGAGUUCUUUUUCAAGCGCUACAUGAUCAAGGCAAAGCGGACAAAGACUCUCUAA